CUGCGCACCUCAGGAAUUCCUUCCUCUCAAUUCCUGACCAGCCUCCCCGCAUUCCGCUUUUCUUUUCCAUGUUCAUGCCAGCAUCGCCUUGGCCUCCCCUACCAUAUCCACAUUCUAGGGACACUACUUCGUGCAAAGGCUUAUUUUGCAGGUAAAAUCUAGGCGUAACGCGCUUUCCCCCCUGCGAUGGCGUCGUCGACUCCCGUCGCCUCAGAGUCGCCCGUCGCCGACGCGUUCGAGGAGGACGACGUACCGUCGGUGUCGCCCACAGCGGCGAUCAAGGCGGCCGUCGUCCGCAUUACCGCGGCCGCCACCGGCGGUGCGGUGCUCGGCGGUGCUCUCGGCUUUGGGCUGGGCUUCGUCGCUCGCGAGGGUACCAAGGUGGCCAUGCGCGAGUCUGCGUUCGGGCUGAAGACGGUGGCCGUCAUGUCAGCAGUCUAUGCUGCCACGUCAGCAGCCAUUGAGAAUCUCAGGAACGAUCUACUUGACAGUGCGAAGCCAGGGCUCGCAGGAUGUGCAGCUGGACUGGCAGCGAGUGUCCCAGGUCCACCAAUGGCAAUGUUGCAAGGCUGCGCUGCCUUUGGCCUCCUUUCCUUCGUCUUUGAUUUCUUUGCGCCCGCUGAAGCAUCGGCUAGUCCGCUCGCACUCACGAACGACCAUCGACUCAACUGGAGAGCACGUAGUGCGUUGAAGAAGUUUUCUGCGAGGCCGGAGUCUCCUCUUGACAGCUUGCUCUCUCUUGCACUGCCCACUUCUAGUGUUGCAUCACCUCCACAACACUAACACGUGCCGGCUAAGGGACUUGGUUUUCUUUACUGUGACACCUUUCUAGGUUCUGGAGUUUUACCGUAGCACUCGGCGGGGGGGGGGGGGGGGGGGGGGGGGGGGGGGGGGGGGGGUUACUAGUAUUAGGAGUUCGCUAUAUGAUCAGCAGACGGUCUCGCUACUAGUACUUUGCCUGUCUAAAAGCAUUACAAGCUGAUGCAGAUUAUGCCAAGGGGAGUGCAAAAUCCGAGUUUGUUGUUAAG